AUGAAACCUCUACGGCGCGAGUUGACAUCGCUGUUUCCACGAGAGGAAUGGCGAAGUCUUCUCCGCAGCCUCCUUCGUGAGAGCUCUUACCUCCCUGACCCCAUCGCCCGAAGCACAUGCCACAACAAAGUCCUACAACGAUUCCGCCGAUACCAUGAUGAACGAAGAGAUCGCAUUCGAGAUAAUAUCGACAGACUGAUGAAACUGCACAAAGAGGCCCGGGCCUUCUUGUCGGUUCUACAACGGGCGAAUGACGGAUACCCGCGAACGCUAGAAAAAGUGCUGAAAUUAGCCUAUGGACGUACUGGGAAACGGAGGGUCCAAAUGCUCAAUGAUCUGCUUGCGGUUGAUGCUCCAUCUGACACAGAAGCGGUCAAAGCCCUUGUCUCAGGCCCAGCGCAAUUCGAAGAGGGAUGGGAGCCGCCGAAAGUCUUGAUGGACUUGCUGAAAUCCCAGAACCGCAACGCGCAGCUGGGUAAUCGCUCUCGCCUCCCUUCUAAGUUCCUCCAGGGACCUGCUACUUCAGAGAAAAAUUCCUGGGGCAGGAGUAUGCCUUUAGUUCGUCGGAAAAACAUCCGACGUGAGUGGUAUAAUACUGUGUUUGGAGUUCUGCUUCCUCCUUUGGCGGACGCGGAGUUAGGAGUGCUAAAUGGCUUGAUUUCGGGCGAUAUACCGUGGACCCCAACGAAAAGAAGAUCAAGACAACACAUUACGUCCUCUGUAGAAGCUAGCGAUGUAGACUCGAGGGGCGGGGUACUACGGAAGGUUUUGACUGAUGGGCCGCAAAAGGAAGACACAUUCGGCCUAUAUACAAACGGACGCCCCCACGCGAUCACAAGACGGUUCAUGAUCCGGCAUUGGCAACGGAUCUCAUGUAUGGUCCCACGCCACCACUGGGAUCCCGAGGCGGGGAGACACGUUUUUGAAUGGGACACGACUGUAUUUCAUUCAAGCCUUGCCCUUCCCGUUAAGGGGGAAAGUUCGCAGGAGAUCUUUGGCGGAUUUGAUGUUGGGCUGGACCCGCCAAAAAAGCCCAAAGCCCACUCUGCGGUUCGGUGA